GCUGUCGUCGGUGAGGACACACAUUCCAAUCAUCUUGCGGGCGUGAGUAGUUGAAGCGUGCCACCUGGACUGUGUACAAAUUCGGGCCGUCUGUAGCUCGCUCCUCGAACAUUAAGUUCAUCAUCUGCGAGAAGCCACCUUCUCCCUUCAGAGAGCAUCCCACACUACCAUGUAUCGCACGGCGAUCGCAUCAUCUCUGCGUGCCCGCCGCUCUCGUACCGCACACGCAGUCGGGAACGCAUGCAUAGCCAGGGCAAUGUCCUCAGGCGGCUCGCUCGUCCGACCGGCCCCCCCGCCCCUGCCCAGAGAGCAGCAGCGGGAGUUCGAAGAGCUAGUGCGGGCCGCACAGGCCCCCCUGUCCGUGAAGGGCAGCGCCGCGCAGGAGGAGGCGGAUAUGGCCCUGCAUCCGGACGCACGCGCGCCGCUCCAGGCGGAGUUCGAGGGCGACAUGAACCCGAUUACGGGAGAGCAGGGCGGGCCCAAGCGCGAGCCUGUGGGGCGGUGGGCGGAGGACGGGGGGGACUGGAGCUUCAAGGGCAGAGUAUCUGAUUUCUGACGAUGAGGACCGCACGCUUAUGCCGGAGUUGCUGUAGCGUAUCACGGAGGCUGUCUUCCCGCUUCUUCUGGUCAAUGCGGACUUAUGUGGGCUGGGCCUUGCUCCUCACUAAUUGAAUCCCAUUUGCCUGGUC